AUGUUCAAACGGGUCGUCUUCACGACCGUGACACCUCUCCCUCCCCAUAUCCCUCGAGAUAUUGUCAUCAGCACACUCCACGCCCACAGCGAGAUAAUAGAAUUGAACCCAUUGGUGGUCAGCCACAAACGAUGCAAAGCGCCACCCAACGCCCCGCCCGACGAGUUCCAUUGCAUCUGGUACGAACUGACUGAUAACAUUCAGUAUCUCCCGGGGGGGAUAAUAAAGGGCAAUAUCACCUACAAAGCCUGCUUUCACGAUUUACCACGUGGCCUGCAAACGCACAUAUACGCCCCAACAGGUCUGGAUAUUAGGAACAGAUGGAGCGUGAACGGAAAUAUGCCAGGAGAGCCGCGGGAGCCUGUCGAGCUGGGUCUGCCCAAUGUGCCCCGAGAAGGACUAUAUCUCAGAGAAGACGUCGAUAUGCGAUGCAAUAUCUUCGCUGCCGGUUUUGUUAGGAAGACACUGAAGGAGGCUCAUGCGGUGUUGGUUGAGCGACUUGUUGUGAAGGCUGAUCUGCUGAAGGGCAAGAGGGAGGAGACAAUCUAUGAAAAGGCAUAUCCGGCGCUAGCUCUACAGCUGCAUUCUUUAUAUUCCAACCAGGUGUAUUCGGGGGAGGCUCCAUACACGCCAUGCAUCACGUUGCCUCCAAGCCCCGUUUCCCCCACAACGCUUUCGUCCGGAAGUACCCCGACACGUUUCCCGAGCACGGUACAUCCCUCCGGCUCCAAAACCGAUCCCAAUAUGCAUAACUACGUUGGCGGACCCAUGCAUUAUCUGACGACGCCGCAUACCUGUUGCAACCACUGCCCUAUCUGCCCAACCAGAGCAGAAGGCGGGUCUGACCAGACGGUGCCCAUACCACAAGCCGCAGAGAUGGAUUCCACAGAAUGCCAGCCAGCACAAGCAAAGGCCUAUGCUGCCAAGCGAGCUGCUGUUCGGUUUACUCUAACUCCUCCUCCGCCUUCGCCUUCGUCUCCGUCUCAUAUAUAUGAACUGGAGUGA